GUUGACUGAAGUUGUGCAUGUUUACUGGGAAGUUAGUCCUAUUGGUCUCAGUGGGACUGACUGUUGAGUAAAUGUGCAUAGGAUUGGGCUGCAGUGUGAUGAUUCAUAGAAACUUUACUCCUUCAGAAGUUUUUUACAAGCAACGGCAAUUGAUUUUUCGCCUUCUUAUAGCUCCUAAAUUUGUUUGUGUCAACCAUUUUGGCACUGUGAAAGCUAUUUAACCACUCACUCAACAGCUAGAGUGUGGACAUUGGACACCUAAAAUAAUCUCACAUUUAAUCCCCCUCUUGUUAUUUUGUGCUAUUGUGAAGGAGAUAUCAGGUUUAACGGCUUGAGUUUAUAGCUUCUUGUAAAGUAAUUGUAACUUCUAAAUUUUCCAUAGGAAGUGGGCCAUCACUGUGGGGAAUAGUUCCACCUAUCGUGCGAAGGCAAGAAUGUUUUUGAAGUCAAGACUAGGGACGUCAUGCCCCUCCCACUCCCCAGUUCAUUCUUGCCUUCGUACGAACAAGAUUGGAAUUUCACGUAGCAUUUAGCUAAGUCUCGUAUUUGUUUCUCUUUUUCUCUUCAAAACCUUUUUGCUGUUUUUUGUGUCUAGCCUACUGAGGAUCCCCUCAGAGACUGCGGCUGCGGCUCUCUUCCCCCUUUCCUCAGGGCUAUUUAAUUCCUUUUAUUCCCUUGAUUGGGGUGCUCUGAGACCGCGGCUGCGGCUCUCUUUAUUUUUGCAGUUUCAAGCCCCCUCCCCCCCCGUAGCCAGGGGGCUCCCUCAGUGACCACAGCUGCGGUUCUUCUUCUUUUUUUUUUUUUAGAUCGCUUUUGAUCGCUUGUGAGGGAAGGGGAAUCCCUCUCCCUCCCCCCCCUGAUCGUUGCCGCGGCUGCGGCUGAUCCGAUCCCUGCGGGAGCUUGCAGCUGCGGCUCCCGCCGUUACUACCUUACCGCAGAUCGCCCUCGCUACGUGGCUUAAAUCCCACUGCGAAGGGCUUUACAGACCGCGACGGCGGCUCUCUCUGCGGCGGCUGCCGUGUGUUCCUCUACCUCCUCUUCCAGAGUUUCUUUUCCAACCGCUACUGCGGCUUUCGGCGAGUCCGUGCUGGCCAGCCCUUCCCCCAGUUCGCUUGCGACGGCCGCCAUUGCUCCUUCUCCCUCAGCCCCGUUUUGAUCGUUUUUUCCCGCCCGUUUUUUUUCCGGGCGCCAUUUUUUGAAAUUCAAAAUUCCCGCCUUUUUUUGUUACCAUCUAUUUAGCUUCGGAUACCUCCCCUGCAGGCUACCUAUCUGUAUGUUUGUGUGUAUGUGCUGCUGACAAACUUACACAAGGCUGAUUUACACACAUUUUUACUGUGGCUGUAAUCAUAGUGGCUGAAUUGUAUUAUUAAGGCUGGAGCUCCAAUCCUAGUGGGCUGGAUUGUAUUAUCAAGGCUGGAUCUUUAAUCCUAGUGGCUGGAUUACAUUAUCAAGGCUGGAGCUUUAAUCCUAGUGGCUGGAUUACAUUAUCAAGGCUGGAGUUUUAAUCCUAGUGGCUGGAUUACAUUAUCAAGGCUGGAGCUUUAAUCCUAGUGGCUGGAUUACAGCUAAGACAAAACAUCUUUCCAGCCAUAGUAAACCAAAGCGUCCUCGUUAUGUUUCUGUGCCAACAACCACCACAGCACAGACACACAUAAGUGAUAUUUUCCAUUCUCCUGCUACUGCCUCUGACGAGGAAGAGUUUGUUGGCUUUCCCCCUCACGGUUCGCCUAACGAACCUACCUCUGGCUUACUGCCUCAGACAUCUGUUCCAACAACCCACCAGGCACAUACAUCUCACACAUCUGGUCUGCAGCUGUCUCCUGAUUUCCUCUCCCAACUCCAAGCCAUGCUGGCUUAUUUCACACAAAUGCAGUCACUACCACAGGUUCCUGCCAUACCCCCACUCAACAUGGACCAACGCGCGUUCCAUGCUGCUCAUCCUUCCUGCUCGCCAGAUCCCUUCGAUGUAGCCAGAGGCAGAUGUACGGACGAAGCCUCGUAUGCGGAGGAGUUAACUUUCACUGACCAUGUUGAAGGAGACGACUGGAGCGACUAUUCAGAUCAUGAGGAGGAUACAUCGUAUCGCUUGUUCAAUACCUCAGAUUACCAACCGCUCGCCCGUAGGGUACUUCAUACCCUUGGUCUCCAGACUGCGCCCUCAACUUCGUCCGCUCCAACUCUCAAAGGGGCCAAGGUCCUCAAAUCCCCUGCACCUACUGAACACUACAUCCCGGUGCCGGACCCAAUUGCCAAAUUAGCUUCCGAUGAAUGGGCCCACCCGCUCAAAGCUCGACGCUUCAAGAACAUGGCUGACAGACUUUACGCCCUAGCCCCAGACUUCGCCACCAAGUUAGAGGUCCCUGGCAUAGAUGAACCGAUCGCUCGCCUCGUUUCACGAUCUAUCUUGCCCAGGGAAGGGGAAUCCCACCUAAAAGAUACUACUGAACGUCGAAUAGACUUCGCCCUCCGCAAGAACCACGAGGCCACUGCCCUAGCCAUGCGUGCCUCCGCCUCAGCCUCCAUCUUCUCCAGAGCAUCUAUGAUGUGGCUGGAUGACCUUCUAGAGGAUGAUAACCCUGAUCCUGUCGCCUUCAAAAGAGCACUAUUGAGAUUACGUAAGACAGCAGCUUUUGUGGCCGAUGCCACUUUGGAUGCCACCCAAUUAGGGGCACGAGCCAUGACGACUCAAAUAGUCGCUCGUCGUACCCUCUGGCUUCGCCACUGGCAAGCUGAUUCAGCGGCCAGAUUGAACCUGUCCAAGGCCCCUUACUCCGGAUCUCUACUCUUCGGCGAGGAAGCUCUAAAGGCAGUUCUGGUUGAUCCAAAAGACGCCCAUAAACCAGUUCUAGCCACAGUCAAGAACAUCGACCACAGGCCCUUUAGGCGAUUUCCCUCCUUUCGUUCUAACCAGCCUUUUCGAGGAACGCGGCCAGGAGGACGAGGCCGCGAUUUCAGACCCUAUGAUUCCAACGCAUUCAGGGGUUCCUGGAACCGACGCUUCCAGGGCAGAGACCUACGGCUGGCUUGUCAACUUCGACAAAAGCCAUCUCCAACCAACCCAACGCCUACUACAUCUUGGGGCAAUGUUGGACACCCUGCAGGCAAUGGUCUUCCUGGCUCCAGAUCACAUCACUGCCAUCACAAGCAUCGCAAGGUCCCUGAUGCAACAAACAUCCGCAGACGUCAUGCUUCUCGCCAGAGCGCUCGGGAUGUUUAUCUCCACAAUCCACAUUGUGCCCUGGGCUCGGGCUCACACUCGGCCCCUUCAGUGGACUCUGUUGCCUUUUCAAAAAGACAUUGCCAGCUCCAACCAUCGCAAAGUUCGUACGCCUUUCCUCCCAUACCAUUGUUAGCCAAAACCUUGAGGAAGGCGCGAACCGAAAGGGCACAGCUGGUUCUGAUAGCACCAUUUUGGCCACGCCGACCGUGGUUCUCAGAUCUACUGGCAAUGUCAAUGAUGGAUCCUUGGACACUUCCAGUAACGCCAGACCUCCUAUCCCAGGGCCCAGUACUGCACCAGGACCCUACUUGGCUCAAUCUAACAGCGUGGCGUUUGAACGGAGACACUUGAGGUCAGCUGGACUGUCUGACGCUGUGAUUGAUAUUAUUUUGGCCUCGAGAAGACCAUCUACCACUCGCAUUUAUCAACAUACCUGGGUGGCUUUCUCCAAGUGGUGUCAGUCCCACCACCACGAUCCAUCCCAGGCCAAUGUGCACCAGGUGCUCCAAUUUCUCCAUACUGGCUUUAUGAUGGGACUUCGACCCAACACUCUACGUCGACAGGCGUCUACUCUGUCAUCCAUUCUCUCAGUGUCCUCUCCUGGAGAUCAUAUCUCCUCACAUCCGUUCAUCAAACGUUUUUUGAGGGGAGUCGCCCUACGCUCUCCGGCUGUUGUCCAUCGGUUCCCCUCAUGGAGUUUCCCGAAAGUUCUGCAGGCUUUGCAACGCCCUCCGUUUGAACCCAUCAGGACUGUGCCCCUACGUAUACUGUCCUUCAAGGUCCUGUUUCUGAUCGCAAUCACAUCUGCCAGACGCGUUUCGGAGUUGGGCGCAUUGUCUUCUGCUAGACACCUCUGCGUCUUCCAUAAGGACUCUGUUGUGCUGAAGACUGACCCUUCCUUUCGUCCCAAGGUCGAUUCAGUUUUUCAUUGCAACCAGGACAUUGUUUUGCCUUCCUUUUGCCCGAAUCCUACCCAUCCUCUCGAGAAGGCUUGGCAUUCGUUGGAUGUCCGGAGGGCUCUCAAGACCUACCUGUCUAGGACCCAAGAGAUUCGACGAACGGAGUCUCUGUUUGUAUCCUUUCAUCCAGGGUCUAUGGGGCAUAAAGUAUCCAAUCCUACCUUAUCCCGUUGGUUAAGGGCAUGCAUUACCUUAGCAUAUGAGUCCCUGAAGCUGCCAGUUCCUGCUAGUAUAACAGCUCAUUCUACUAGGUCAGCUGCCACUUUGGCUGCUUUUGCUACUAAUGCUCCUGUUGCCGAUAUUUGUAGGGCCGCAGUCUGGUCUUCCCCACACUCGUUUAUAAGACAUUAUAAAAUUGAUCGUUAUGCCUCUGCUGAUGCUUCUUUUGGCAGACGAGUGUUGCAACAGGUUCUUAAUGAGGAUUAACAUGUGGGUGGUCCCUCCCUAUAUGGGUUGCUUUGGUACAUCCCACAGUGAUGGCCCACUUCCUAUGGAAAAUGUACCAUUGGUCUCACCUGAAAGGUGAUUUUCAUAGGAAGGGGCCAUCACGACCCUCCCAGUUGGAGGAUGACUAGCGAUUUUAUCAAUGGGUUACAUGUUAUUGUUUCCAUAUUAUAUUUAAAUGUAAGAGUGAAGUCAAGACUUUUAGUUCUGUUAUGUUAUGAAGUUAUGUUAGAGUCAUGUUGUUAUGCAUGUGACUAUUAUGUUAUUUUCCUGGCAGGCCUGUUGGCCUUGUUCUUGUAUUUUUAGAUAUCUCUUUUAGACUCGCUACGAAUGAACUGGAGAGUGGGAGGGGCAUGACGUCCCUAGUCUUGACUUCAAAAACAUUCUUGCUUUCGCACGAUAGGUGGAACUAUUCCCCACAGUGAUGGCCCCUUCCUAUGAAAAUCACCUUUCAGGUGAGACCAAUGGUACAUUUUUGCCAACAGAUGAAUCAUGAACUCUUUCUAUGAAUUCAGAAUUGGUUUAUCUACUAUUCUUCAUACUCCAAGUAAUCUUGUGAGGACUUAACCAAAAUUGGAACAUUUCUACCUAUGCAAGAGUUGCAGCUCUUCCCAAUAGCUCUUGAAAUCCAUAAAAUAUUAUUUAUUGUAUGAAGUAUAAAAGAUUCAAUUAUUUUUCUUUCUUUUUUAAAUAGUCCUUUAAAAAGGAAUUUGUUGAAUUUUUUUAUGCUCCCACCUGAGAACUUGAAAGUCUGCUUGAUACUCUACUUCCAAAUAAGAAGAAAUAAAUUAGAUCUUCUUUCUUAUAGAUUUUAAUUAUUUUGUUCUAUCC